GGGAGGCAGCGGCGGGACGCGGGCCGAGCGAAGGGGAGCGGCGCGAAGCCGGGCGGGAGGCAGCGGCGCCCCCCGGGCCCAUGGAGCUGGAGAACAUCGUCGCCAACACCGUACUCCUCAAGGCCCGCGAAGGUGGUGGUGGAAACCGAAAAGGCAAGAGUAAGAAAUGGCGCCAGAUGCUUCAGUUCCCCCACAUCAGCCUCUGUGAGGAUCUUCGACAAACCCUUGAGCGGGACUACUACAGCCUGUGUGAGAAGCAGCCCAUUGGGCACAUGCUGUUCCGGCAGUUCUGCGAGACACGGCCUGAGCUGUCACGCUGCGUCAAGUUCCUGGAUGCUGUGGCAGGGUAUGAAGUGGCUCCAGAUGAGAAGCGGAAAGAAUGUGGGCAGCACCUGAUUGAAAAGUACUUGAAGCCAAAUAGUGAGGACCAUGUGCCUGAAGUCCCCUCACAGCUGGUGGAUGCCUGUUGUGAGAGACUGGAGCAGGAACCUUCCAAGGAGCUCUUCAAGGAAUCCACUAAGCUUAUCCACGACUACCUGAGUGUGGCUCCCUUUGCUGACUACCUCGACAGCUUGUACUUCAACCGCUUCCUGCAGUGGAAGUGGCUGGAACGGCAGCCAGUGACCAAAAACACUUUCCGCCAGUAUCGCGUGCUCGGCAAGGGCGGUUUUGGGGAGGUUUGUGCCUGCCAAGUGCGUGCCACGGGGAAGAUGUAUGCCUGCAAGAAGCUGGAGAAGAAGAGGGUCAAAAAGCGGAAGGGAGAGGCCAUGGCCCUGAAUGAGAAGCAGAUCCUGGAAAAAGUGAACAGUAGGUUUGUAGUGAGCUUAGCCUAUGCAUAUGAAACUAAAGAUGCUCUCUGCCUAGUGCUGACCCUCAUGAAUGGAGGGGACCUCAAGUUCCAUAUCUACCACAUGGGAGAGGCUGGCUUUGAGGAGCCCCGGGCAGCAUUUUAUGCUGCUGAGAUCUGCUGUGGCCUGGAGGACUUGCACCAGGAGAGGAUAGUGUACAGGGACCUGAAGCCAGAGAACAUAUUGCUGGACGACCAUGGUCACAUCCGUAUCUCAGACCUGGGGCUAGCUGUGCAUGUGCCAGAGGGCCAAACAAUCAAGGGCCGGGUGGGGACAGUUGGCUACAUGGCUCCAGAGGUGGUGAAGAACGAGCGUUACACCUUCAGCCCAGACUGGUGGGCUCUGGGCUGCCUGGUGUAUGAGAUGAUCGAGGGGCAGUCGCCCUUCCAGCAGCGCAAGAAGAAGAUCAAGCGGGAGGAGGUGGAGCGGUUGGUGAAGGAAGUGCAGGAGGAGUACUCGGAGAAGUUCUCGCCCUGUGCCCGCUCCCUCUGCACCAUGCUUCUGUGCAAAGACCCUCUGGAGCGCCUGGGGUGCCGAGGAGCUGGGGCCAAGGAAGUGAAGGAACACCCUCUCUUCAAGCACCUCAAUUUCAGGAGGCUGGAAGCAGGCAUGCUGGACCCCCCAUUCAAGCCAGAUCCCCAGGCCAUCUACUGCAAGGAUGUUCUGGACAUUGAGCAGUUCUCCACAGUGAAAGGGGUGGAGCUGGAGCCCACAGACAAUGACUUCUACCAGAAGUUUGCUACAGGAAGUGUGUCCAUUCCUUGGCAGAAUGAGAUGAUUGAGACUGAGUGUUUUAAGGAGCUGAAUGUCUUUAGCACAGAUGGCACAGUGCCCCCAGACUUGGACUGGAAAGGGCAGCCUUCUCCACAGCCCAAAAAAGGCUUACUCCAGCGCUUAUUCAGCAGACAGGACUGUUGUGGAAACUGCAGCGACAGCGAGGAAGAGCCCACCCGGCUGUAGAGCACAGCUUGUUCUCCAGCCCUUGGGACCCCCUUGCCUCUCCAGGUGCCCAGCAGAACAGCCCAGCCUGUGAAGGACAAGGUGGCAGCGGCCCCGCAAGGUGGAUUUGUUUACAGCUCUACACGUCCAUGUUUGAAGACUGUGAGGAUGGCUCCAGGGCUGGUGGCAGCACACAGCUUGGGCCGAGGUGCCUCUGACUGCAGGCAGGCCCUCGUCCCCAAAACAGACCUGGACGCUUCUGAAUUUGCCACUUGGAGUCGUACUGCUGCAGUCCACCAGCUGUUGCUCCCCUCCUGAGCCCAGGGUGGGAGGGAGGGAUUGCACCAGUGUGGGCUGAGGCCAGACUGGAGCAGCUCUGCUGACACAUUCCAUGGUGCCAAAGUGGCACUGCAGGUCUGGUGUGUAUUUAUAUGUUGGUCUGUACAUAUCACAUGUCAGUUUUUAAUCUAUAGGUUGGGGCCUGCACUGCCCCCACCCUGUCACAGGCACAAAUGUCCUCCUAUGGGGAGAGUGACUGUCCCAGUUUUGUACCAGGGAGUCGUGGGCAGAGGCCGCCUGUGCCUUCAGGUGCCUAAAGCAUCUUUCCUGGACCCUUCUGGCCGUGCUGAGUCGUCCCUGGCUCCAUUGGAGUCCUUUGCUCAGCCCCCAGGCACAGGAAACUGUGUUCCAAAGCGUCUGCUAUUGCAUCCCGGCAGCAGGCCGUCACUGCCUUGUCUUCACUUCCCUGUCUGCCGGAGCCUGCUUCCUCCUGCCUUGUCUCACACAUGCUGCCAGCUCUGGGGAGUCAGCCGUGGCCCCCCCCAUCUCUAGACCAACAGCAGGUAGCCUGUGCCCCAGCAAGACACAGCUGCUCCCACAGCCCCUCCUCAUAAGUUACCUGCUACUGGGUCUAAAGGCUUGG